CAUGCAGCUCAGCGUGUUCGUGUGCCUAGUGCUCAUAGGCCUGUUGCUGGCCGAGGGCACGAGUUCGGGCAACUGCGGCUACGUGAGCCAACCGCGGGACAAGCCCCGCGAGAUUCGCGGCUUCCAGCCAGAGUACGUGUCGACGGCCAUCGGCUUCGGGAAGCGCGAGGCCGCCGGCAAACAGGACCAGCGCCAGAGGAUCGUACGCGUCUUGCAGGAGUAUCCACAGAG